CCGGGCGGCCCGGCGCGGGGCGGUUCCUGUUCCCGGCCGGGCUCUGCUCGCGGCCGCACCGAGUCCAUCGCUCUCCGGAAGCCGCCCGGGGCCCGCGAGCCGCAGGGAGCCUGCCAUGAAGGUGCCAGUCAGCGUGAUCCGCCUGCCCCGUGGGCCGGAUGGCACAAGCCGUGGCUUUGACCCCAACUCCCCUCGGUACCAGGCUCUGAGCCCCAUCAGCAUCUCCACUAUGGGCUGUGGGAACGAGGCAGAUCUGGAGCGGGAGCAACAGGCCCGCGUGGCUCUGCGGGAGCGGUACCUGCGCAGCCUGUUUGCCAUGGUUGGCCACACCAUCCACUUCACGAUGUACGAGAGAGUCAACGUCUCGGCCGCCUUCGACGCCUCAGACAUUGACAUCUUGAACUUCCAGGUAUCCGACCUGCAGACCCCGCUAGGUGUGCACAGGGAGGCGCUGCUCCGCUGCUCGGACAUCAUCUCCUACACCUUCGAGCUGUGACUGCCACAGGCACCCUGCCCACCUGUCCUGCUUUCUAAUAAAAACACACUCGGGUACA